UCCCCAACCGCGCAGCUAUGGCGGCAAUCGCGGGCUCUUGCGGAUACUUCGUAGGGAGCCGGGGCGCUUUGCCAGGGGCGGCUGCGGGAGCGCCCCCCCCCGGAGCUAGGCGCAAAGCGGGGCCCAGGGGCCGCUACCACUUAGCACCCCACCAUCGCUACCCCGCGCAGGGGCGGGGCCGGGCUGUAGCCUACGCAGAGGGAGGACCGGCAGAAACCCGGCUGGGGUGGUUCCUCUCCCCGGAGGGGAGGGGGCAAUACCAGCUGUUUACGGCGUGGAUCCCCCACCCCCGUUUGGGGCUGCAGGUAGUGGUAGCGACCUGUGGGCGGAGCUAAGCGGAGCCGUUCGCGGGGAGAAAGGCCGGACCGUAGCGGCGGGUUCCGGGCCAUGUCGGUGGUUUUCGUGCCGGAGCGGCUGCGCGGGAAAGCGGAGGUGAAUCCAGAGACCCUGCAGCGGUUACUAGAGGAAAACGAUCAGCUGAUUCGAUGCAUUGUAGAAUAUCAAAAUAAAGGAAGAGCUACAGAAUGUGUGCAGUACCAGCAUAUCUUGCACAGAAAUCUUAUUUAUUUGGCUACUAUUGCUGAUGCAACUCCAGCCAGUGUACAGAAGACUGACUGAUCCCACAAACUUGGACACCAAUCAGUGGUGCCUAUAUAAAGCAUGGAGACAUGAUUGAAUUGGGGGAGCUCUGAGGGAUACCACAUUCCCUCAUUUUGUCUGAUUGGCUAAGAGCAAGCUUUGAUAGGGAUCAGCUGGGAAUCCAGGGGCCAAGACUGAUGGGCAUUAGGGAGUAGAUUCUUAUAGGAAUAGUUGCAAGGCCACAGCAACUCUGAGUAGUGAUGAGCUGAUAAAUGUGUGUAAGAUCCUUGUACCAGUGUUCCCCUUCUGUGGUGUGUGGUGGUGGUUGUUUUUUUUUUUUUUUGAGAAAAUUACACCUUUAUUUAAAAGUGCUACUACCUAAGUCUUUCACGCUUCUUUGAGUGGUAAGUGACAAUGGGGAGUAGGAAAUCAAGUAACCUGAAUUUCUUCAUGUAUUCUUUUGGAAAAUGAGUGUAUCAGAGGGCAGGUUGAGCUUUGGAGAAAGGCUCAAGUUUUAACCCACUUACCCAGGAGAAAUAGGGAGAGAACUGGAGGUAGUCCGGGACUUGCUGCCUUCAUUAUUGGAUUGCAGUAAGAGCCAGAAACUCCAAACAGAGUUAGGGCCUCGUUAUGCUGCCUGCUGUGUAAAGCUAUAUGCCCUGAAGAGCUUACAGUCUUUGUCUACUCCAGUAACACUUAUUGGACCAUGAGGUUAAGCAGGAUUAUUACUACUCCCCUGACUAGGCUCAGAGUAGGGACAGGCUUCUCCAGUUUUCAUGGCAAUUCCCCACAUCAUCUAAAGUUACCCCAGAGAAUGAUAGUCAGCAUGGCUGUUUGGU